AUGCAAUAGGUCAAAAGAUUACACAAAGAUCUAACAAAGCCAGAGAAGAGUCAUAAAUACAAAUAAAUCAUAGAAGAAUUAUCAGAAUACUUUCUAUUUGGUGAUCAUCAACAAGAAGAGUUGUUUGACUAUUUUGCAGAACAUAAUAUAUUAAGCCUAUUUUACUAGAAACUUAAAUCUUCAAAUCAUCAACUAACAAUUUUCAUUAUUGAAAGGAUGUCUAUGAUUAUUACUAAUCUAUAAAACCCACUCAAUCUGAAUUAUGUAUUAAGUAAUCCCGUUUUGCAUGAUUUCAUUAACUUUAAUUAUGAUUUUAACAUUCCAGAAAUUGUAGAUUAUUAUGUGAAUUUCUUAAAAACUAUAGCUAUCAGAAUUAAUCGAGAUAAUUUUUAUCUUUAUUUCAAUUAAAGGUAUUGUACUUUCCCAUUAUUGUGGUAAGCCUAGAAAUUUAUCAACUACCCUGAUUAACUGGUUAAGAACACUAUCUAAAACAUAGUUUUAAGCUUGUCAAAAUUGUCAUCCGAGCCUAAAAGUGAAAAGCAAACAGAAUCAGUUAUUUACAACUAAACUAAAAUUAUGAUUCAAUUUAAACAUUAUCUUACAUCCUCACCCUUUAUAUAAGUGUACGUUAAAUAUAUCAUACAAAUCUAAAAUCUGCUAGAAUCUCUAAAUCUAGAUUCUUAAGAUGAAUAAGAUAAACUUGAAGAUAUUCUAAUGUUUUUUAAUGACCUCAUUACUGAAUGUCCUUUUCUAUCAACCUUUUUAGAGAAAUUAAUUUUGGAUUAAUUAAUUUAGCCAAUCCUAGAUUGUCUAUUGCUCAAUAAAAGCAACACAAUUAAAGUUAGUUAUGAAGUAGGUUUAUUAACAAUAUAUCUAUUUCUCACAAGGUUACCUAUAGUUUAUUCAAUAAUGUCUUAUUUUUGUAAGGAUCAGAUUUAUAUUGAUAAUGCUAUCCAGCAUCAAAAAUUAUAGAAGUAAUCGCAAAAGUGGGUUUACGAUACAAAAAAUAUGGAAACAGAAUUCUAAAACAUAUUCUUAAAGGAGUAUGAUGACAUUGAAGAGAGAAAUAAUUAAUUUAUAGAUUAUAAGAAAAACAAUGAAGUCUAAAAUCCUUAUAAAAAUCAUUUUCUGGAACUUUUAAGAUCAAAACAUAAUACAUUAUUGCUUCUAUAUUUAUCGAUUUGGCUUGUGGCAAAACAAAAUAAUUAUCAAAUACCAUCAUUACAGAUCAUCAAGUUAUUAUAAUUAAAAGAGGAAAUUGUUUUUUCAAAAUAAGUUUUGGAGUUGAUAAUUCUAUUACUGGUGAAUGAAGAGUUGAAAGAAUUAGAAUAAUUAUAUGAAGACUUAAAAAAUAAGCUCAUAUCUAUGAUUUCCAAUUUAAAAGUGACAAACAAAAAGUUGAGUGAAGGAUUGUCUGCAAAUUGGGAUAUUAUUGAACAUUUUGAUUGGCAUAAGUUUAAGGAUUCUAAACCUGUGAUAAAAUUUGAGGAUUUGAAACCAUACGUGGAUAAUAGCAAACUCUCUGAAUUCAAAUAUGUGUAUUUAUGGGUUCUUGUAACAUGUUUGAUUAAGAAUUCUCAAAAAUAGAGAAUUGAAAAGCCUUACCAUAUCAACUAGGAAAUUGAAUUAAAUCUAAAUUGUGAGUUUAUUCAAAUAAUGGAUUCACAACAUUAUUUGAUUCUUGACUUAGAUUCAGGGUAUUUGAUCUAUACUUGUACUCAUAACAAUCAGAAGUUGGGUACAGUGAAGUUUGUGCAACCUCUAAAGGCCAUUUAGUGUUCAUUUAUCAACGACACUUUGAUUCUAGAAUCUAACAAACUUUGUAUUAAUUCAUUCAAACCCUAUCACAUAAAAUGUUAGAAAGAUGUAAUACCAUCGGUAAUCGACAGAAUUUACUAAGCAUAACAGUCGAUGAGUUUAUUAAUUAUUAAUAAAUUGGAAGCACUUUUAUGAUGAAAAAACUGAUUUUGUUAAUAAAUUGAUAUAACACAAAAAAACUAUAUAACUCGAUUUUCAUA